ACAGUGAUGGCCUUCAACAAGCUGAUCUGUGUGGCGGCUCUGCUGACUCUGUUGACCAAAGAGUGUGACUCACAGCUAUCUGUAUGUGGUCAGCCAUCACUCAACACCAGGAUUGUUGGAGGAGAUGCAGCUCCUCCAGGCAGCUGGCCCUGGCAGGUCAGUCUGCACAUCUCUGACCACUUCUGUGGAGGAUCUUUGAUUAACGACCAGUGGGUGCUGACUGCUGCUGUUUGUGUCGAAGGGCUCAGCAGCUUAACAGUAUAUCUGGGUCGUCAGAGUCAGGAGGGACCCAACCCAAAUGAAGUCAUUCGGACAGUAUCACAGAUCAUUUCUCACCCUGACUACAAUCUUUCUGCUACUGACAACAACAUCGCCCUCCUGAAGCUGUCUGUACCAGUGCAUUUAACCAGUUAUAUCUCACCAGUCUGCCUGGCCGCCUCAGGCAGCACCUUCUACAGCGGGGUUCAAUCCUGGGUCACUGGCUGGGGCAACAUUGGAUUCUUUGACCCCCUUCCUUCACCAGGAAACCUUUUGGAGGUGGAGGCAGAGAUUGUGGGAAAUGCCCAAUGCAGAUGUGAUUAUGGUUCACUAGCUGAUAACCAGAAUACUGACAACAUGAUGUGUGCUGGGUUUCGUGAAGGAGGGAAGGGACCCUGUUUUGGAGAUUAUGGAGGUCCACUGGUGAGCAAGCAGGGUGGUCGAUGGGUUCAAGCUGGAAUUGUGAGUUUUAGUUUUGGUUGUGCCAAGCCAUAUUUCCCAGCAGUCUACACAAGAGUGUCCCAGUACAAUAACUGGAUCAACAGUCAAAUCACCAGGAACCAGCCGGGCUUCAUCAACUUUAUAUCCAACGGGACUGAAAGUGACUUCAAUGUUUCCUGUACAACCUCCAACUCUACAACUCAUCCACCCAAUCCAAAAUCAACUCUGACAACACCAACUAAACCUGAACGUGAGUAA